AUGAAAGCUUCAUUGAAAUUUCGAGAAAAUCAAAACCCAAUUGUGAAAGUCAAAAUCCCAUUAAACACAUUAGGUUUUCCAUUACGGUCUUGUAUUGAAACUAGCAGUAAUGAUGUCAAACACAAAGAUUUAUGUUUGAGUUUCAGUACCUUUUUCCAAUCCGGUCCGGUUCUGAAGCUGUUUUACCGGCCCAAUGAUUCAGACCGGCCUUUCGGUUUGGUUGUCAAAACCGGAGUCGGAUCUCUUGGUUCUCCUAUUGAAGCACCCAUGACAAUGCGUGCGGAGUUUAAUUUUCUAGGUAAUGGAAACCCUAGCCUUUUCCUUCACUUUAAACCUCAAUUGGGUGAUUUUUCAAUCCGGAGUUCGGUUAAUUCGAGCAAAAUCCAAAACGACGACGUACAGAGCAACAAUAUUGUCCCUAAGGAUGAGAGCGGGAAAGUGACCUGGGCUAAUUUGUUUGCGCCGGAGGGGUUAUUAGGUGGGGAAGUACACGCCAGAACGGUGUUUCCGAUAGUGGAUAAGGUGGUGGGGAAGAUAGGAUGGAGUUUGAAGUUUCCGGCGACGGAGACUGAUUUUCCGAUGGGGAAAAUGCCGUACAUGACGGUUAGCAAAUUGGCAAUCGAACACGUGUGCAAGGAUAAGGCGGGGAUAGUUCGAAAUUCGCGGGGGGAUGAUGGUGAUGACUUGGCUAUGGCGUGUUUGGCAGUGAAGAAAGAGCUGGAUAAUUUGGAGUCGGAGAAAGAGUCUCUGUGGAAGGAACUAGAGGAGAUGAAAUCGGAGAUGUCGCCGGGAAGUUAG